CCCAACCGAAAGCAGGAAGCGGGGUGCCUUGGAGUGGAGUCCUGCUGUCAUCAUUACGGGGAAGGAUCCUCCCCACACCCCCACCUCCCUUCCCCCUUGGUCCUAGUCCUCCGGGCCCCCAGCCACCGCUCCCCAGCACCCAGGGACUAUGGGAAUUCUAUCCCCCGGACCGCUUUGGCUCGUGCUACCGCUCCUGGUUGCGCUGCCCCGAACCAGCUUGGCCCUGUGGCUCCUCGACACCCCGGAGCCAGUCUGCUCCCAGCCGGGGCUAAACUGUACUGUCGAGAAUAGUACCUGCCUGGCUGAAAGUUGGUUCAGCCCUCCCAACAUGACACCAUCUUUCCCUAAAGAUGUCAACAUCAGGCUGGGCUUUGAACACAGCAGAAAUGGAAACCUGUUUCCUGUGGUGCACAUUGAAUGGAAAGUAUGGACAGAUGGCAGCAUCCUGUUUCUGAGGGGCGCUGAGCUGUCAGUGCUACAGAUGAGCACCAAUGAGCAACUGUGCGUUGAAUUUAAAUUUCUAAACCAACUUCAGCAUCAAGUGCGCCCAGAUUUGAGUAGGUGGCAUUUUGCCUUCGAUAACUUUGUGGUGGAGCCUGGCCAAGAAUAUGAGAUAACAGUACAACACCUGCCCAAGCCAAAACCCAAUAGAGAUCCAAACCAUGAGUCUUUGCCUUUCCGGGUGCCUGACUGCAGGGACCCCAGAAUGAAAGUGACUACCCCCUGCAUGAGCUCAGGAAGCUUGUGGGAGCCUGACAUCCUUGUUGAAAGGCUGAAGAAUAACUCCCUGGUGGUGAGUUUUAAUCUGUGGAAUGAAUCAACCUUUUAUAAGAUCCUCGUGAAUGGUUUUCCAAACACAGAGACCAACAGCUGUUAUGAAGAGGUUCAGUACAUUAACCAGUCCAGAGAAGAAGAUUUCCACCAUCGAACAAAUGUCACUUUCCUCCUGCAAAAUGUGAAUGCCUGCUGCCAGUACAGUGUGCAGAUCCAGCCAUUCUUCAAGAGUUGUCGGAACGACUGCCUCAGACACACCCAGUCCAUCCCUUGCCCAGUGCCCCCAUCACUGACUCCAAGUAAGACUAGCCCCUUCCUCCCUGAGCCAUUAGCUGAUGGUGUGCCACUGUGGGUUUAUUGGUUUAUCACUGGCAUCUGUAUCCUGCUGGUAGGCUCUGUGAUACUCCUGACCAUUUGCAUGACUCAGAGAAAGUCUGUGUUUCCUUCUGAAAAUGACACCAGAAAACCUGAUAUUCCACCCCUGGACACUCAGACUCCUCCACACUUGAAGCCCCGGAAAGUCUGGAUCAUUUACUCAGCUGAUCACCCCCUCUAUGUGGAUGUAGUUGUCAAGUUUGCCCAGUUCCUCAUCACUGUCUGUGGCACUGAAGUGGCCCUGGACCUGCUAGAGGAGAAACUGAUCUCAGAGGUGGGAGUCAUGGCUUGGGUGAGCCGACAGAAGCAAGAAAUGGAGGAAAGCAAUUCGAAAAUCCUCAUCCUGUGUUCCCGAGGUACCAGAGCCAAGUGGCAGGCAAUCCUUGGCUGGGAAGAGCCUGCUGUUCAGCUCCGGUAUGACAGGUGGAAACCUGCUGGGGACCUGUUCACAGCCGCCAUGAAUGUGAUUCUUCCAGACUUCAAGAAACCAGCCUGCUUUGGUAUGUACAUUGUCUGCUACUUUGAUGGCAUCAGUGACGAGGCUGAUAUCCCUGACCUAUUCAACAUCACCUCUAAAUAUCCAUUGAUGGAGAAGUUUGAGGAGGUUUAUUUCCGGAUCCAGGAGCUAGAAAUGUUUGAGCCAGGCCGUGUACACAGGGUCAGGGAGAUCACUGCUGAAAACUACCUCCAGAGUCCCAGUGGCUGGCAGCUCAAGGAAGCAGUGCAGAAAUUCCGGGAAUGGCAGGUCAAGUGCCCCAACUGGUUCGAACAGGAAAAUAGCUGUUUGGAAGAUGAAGAUGAUUUAUCAUUGUUGAGUGGAUUGAUGUUUGAAGAGUCAUUAUUACCACCAGGAGGGGGAAUAAUAAAACAAAUGCCUCUGAUACAGGAGCCUUCUACUGGGGACCAUAUGGUGGUGGAUCUCCUCAUCAAUGAGGAAGAAAAAGGGAUCUCCAGACUGGAUGCUCAGUUUCUGUCCCAAGAGGCUACUCUCACCCACCAAACAGUAAUCCCCAUAGAAAAAGCCCUACUGACCUCUGUAGUGGAGCCCAUCUCAUGUGGGAAUGGUGAUGGUAAAAUCAGUCAGCAGGCAGUGGUAGGUGAAGAGGACAUGGAAUGUGUCCCACUGUUGGAAGCCAAUGUUCCCCAUAGGAACAAUGUAUUUUUCCUCCCAGUAGACUCUGAAGCUUCCCCUCUCUCAAGCACUCCAGUGCCAUCAUCUGACUAUCUCCCAGCUCCAGUAAGAGAACAGCUAGAGGGCUUAAUGUACUCCCUCCUUCAACAGAGCCUUAAUGUCCCAAGUGAGGAAGAAUGGGAAAGACAGCAGCUGGUCUCCAAUAACCCUUAUACUCCCUAUGAGGAAGAACAGAGGCAGUCAGUGGAGUCUGAUCAGGGUUAUAUUUCCAGGAGCUCCCCACAGCCUCCUGAUGGGUUUGUAGAAAAGGAGGGAGAGGAAGAGGAUGAAGAGAAAGAAGAGCAGGAUGGAGAAAAAUCUACAGAAUUUCUUUCUCCCAAUGUUUUGGAGAAUCUGAAGAGCCUUCAACAGCAACUAUUAUUCCAGGAGAUACAACAGAACUCUAAACUGGGACUGCCUAGAUGAAAGGAGAUUAUCUGCAGAAUUUCAGGCAUCCUAUUAAGUGUGUUAUGGGUUUGGGUCAUCAAAAAGAGAAAGAAAAGAGAAUGCCUACCUAUAAUUCAACUAUCUUGAUUUUAAAGAUAAGAAUCUCUGGAAUCAACUUUUCCUCUUUUCUAGAUGUAAGCAUGUUCCUCCUAAGACUACCCCCUUGUAGAUAUGUGUAACCCUUUCCCAAAUGAGGUAUCAAUUACUUCUCAGUGAUGAACUAUUGCCUGCAUGGGGAGGAACCCUUCACUUCUAUCUCCGACAUUCAUGUAAAUACAAAACAAUCAGGUGAUGGAAGAGAGCUCCUUGCUUUUCUGAAUUGCAGUAAGAAAGGACCCCUUAGUUUGCAGCUCCCUGAGAUAAAUUGAGAUCUGGACUCCCAUUUAGGGACUUAAAAUCUUUUAACCUCUUAAAAGUUCCACAACCUAAGAACUACAGGCAUGAGAAUUGAUGAGUGUUUGACAGUAUAAAACCGGACAGAUGUGUUAACUUAAUAAGGAGAACUUUCUGGGGAAAAGCCAUCAUAUGGACUAAUGUUCAAAUUGUAUUUGAUAUUUUAUUGUUAUUCAGUCAUUUGAGUUGUGUCCAACUCUUUAUGACUUCAUCUGAGGUUUUCUUGGUAAAGAUACAAGAGUGGUGCGCCAUUUUCUUCUCCAGCACAAUUUACAGAUGAGUAACUAAGGCAGUUAAGUGACUUGCCCAGGGUGAUAUAGUAAGUGUCUGAGGCCAGAUUUGAAUUCAGGAAAAUGAUUCUUCCUAUCUACAAACCCUACUCUAACCACUACCCUACCUAUUUGAUACUGCUUUCCUUUCAAACCAGAAUGGCACUUAGAGGCUCCAUUCUUGCACUGACCUCUUAGAAUGGACUAGGUUCUUAAAUUCAGAGAACAUUAGAUAAUCUAUUUGAACCUUCAUGGGGGGGGGGGGAGUUGAGGAAAUCAAGAGCUAGAUUACUGAACUAUCACUACUGCUGCCCACUUUCAGUCCCCCAUAAAAGUCAGGUCACCAGAGGAUGGUUCUUACCUUUGGUUAUAGAAUCUGCAUUGCUAAUACUAUAGCUCAAGAACCUCUACCAAUGUGCUUCCCAUUAAUAGUCAUUCAGCAGACCUAAUUAAUUAACUCUUUGCAACAAUGAGACAUAGUAAAAUUGUAGAUACAGACAUUUCUUCCAUAAACCUAAGGUGUAUUCUUCCACAGUACACAGGAAGAGUGGACUCAAUCUUAAGAGCACAAUGGUAGUGAAACAUAUGAGCAAGAAUAUCCAUGUAGCAAAGGCAAACCACACCUCCUGCUAUGGCAGAGUCUGGCUAUCCUUUCUCUGUUCAUAGGGUCUUCUUGCUGCUCCACUUGGGUAUAGAAUCUGUGCUAGGUGGAUUUUUCGCUCCUUUUUUCCCCUCUUUUUUUCUUUUUCCUCUUUCUUCCUCCUCCUCAAAAGCAUUUUCUUCCCAGAGUCAGAGCUCUUCCUCUGCUGAUAGGACAAACUAAUUAACUUUCUCAUGGACUUGGUUAUUUAAAGCCUGCAAAAUGUACGUCCAAAUAUUUUGCCCAUUUAAUGAGGAUGCCCCCUGUAAUUCCAUCAAAGUAAGGAAUUUGUUCUUCAUAAAGAGGAGCACCAGCUAUGGCUGCCAUUUUGCAAUAAGUUUAACCCCUUUUGUUACCACAUUAAAACUUCAUAAUCUGACUAAACCCUUUGAUUAUCUCAACUGAAUCAGGACGGAACCAUAUCUUUGCUCUCUUACAUGCAUAUUUAGGGAAAUGAUGCCAAAUCAUGUAUAGACUCCUGGUUGAAUUUCUGUGGCAGUAUAAUCAUGUGGGCCAUUCAAAGCAAAGUUAAUUAUGAAAACAGAUUUCCUGAUGUGCAGCUCCUCCAUCAUCUCAGUUUUGUUCUCCUCAAUUAUGUGGCAACAAGAAGAACAAGGUAAAGUCCAAAUGCAGUGCUCCUAAGUCCAGUGGCUUCACUUUGGCCACAUCGCUCUUCACGUGAACUCAGAAACAGUGGCUUCUCUCUCUCUUUUUUUUUUUUUUUGGACAUUGGCUUCUUGCCAAAAUCUCAGACUGACAACAAGUUUCAUGCAAAUUUCCCAUCUUCUCAAGGAGCAUAUAUUGGUAUAUGUUUCUAUAUUGAUGCAAUUCAGCAAACUUCUCCACUGUGAGAGUCAUAAUGCUGAUACACUUUUGGGGCUGGAAGAAUAAUUGUGUUCUGUUUAUUUCUUAUUCUCCCUUAUUUUAGGCCACCUCUUUAUUUAUCACCACCUCCACCACCCACACAGCUUUCCAUCUAAAUGUCAAACAGUCCUGAAAAUUCUUUCAGACAUAGACUAUUUCCUCAAUCCACAGUUCUAGCUAAGAGUGAAGGGUGCUACUGAAAUUUUUCCUUCGAGUUCUUUGACCCAAGACAUUCCAUAGCCUCUACCUUUGGCCAAAUCACAAAUAUUUUAUGAGUCUUUUGUAUACUUGUACAUUUACUUGUGUGUACCUUGAUAGAAAAUAAAUAUAAAUUUACAAAUUACAAAUAAAACUCAAACUGACUCUGUGA